UGAUAAAUAUGUUUGUAGGAAGCAAACCCAUGCCAUCGGAGUCGGAGCGGAGCUGAGCUCUCAAUUUGUAAAUUGGAAUGGCGAAUUCACAAAUAAUAAUAACAAAGAGCAUAAAAUAGGCUGUCUUCUCUCCCCAGUAUUUGCUAAAAAAAAGAGAGGAAAAUUCCAUCUCCCACCUUGUCUCCUAGAAAUCCCCAUGGCCUCUCACAUCUGACCUCUUGGAGACCUGCUUGCCUAUCUCCCCCGUCUCUCUCUCUCAAUUCUAUUGUUUUUUUAAGAAUCCUGAACUCAAAGAGAGGGCUUAUAUUUUUUUCGGAUUUUUUCCGCUUUCAAUGGCUGCUCCUCCCGCUAGAGCUCGAGCCGAUUAUGAUUAUCUCAUUAAGCUUCUCUUGAUUGGCGAUAGCGGUGUGGGCAAGAGUUGCCUUCUUUUGCGUUUCUCUGAUGGUUCCUUCACUACUAGUUUUAUCACCACCAUUGGUAUUGACUUUAAGAUAAGAACCAUUGAGCUUGAUGGCAAAAGGAUUAAGCUUCAAAUUUGGGAUACAGCUGGUCAGGAGCGGUUUCGAACAAUCACAACUGCUUACUAUCGCGGAGCUAUGGGUAUUUUGCUGGUGUAUGAUGUCACCGAUGAAUCAUCUUUCAACAACAUUAGGAAUUGGAUUCGCAACAUCGAGCAACAUGCUUCUGAUAAUGUUAACAAGAUAUUGGUAGGGAACAAGGCUGACAUGGAUGAAAGCAAACGGGCUGUGCCAACAUCCAAGGGCCAAGCACUUGCUGAUGAAUAUGGGAUCAAAUUCUUUGAAACUAGUGCAAAGACAAAUCUAAACGUGGAGCAAGUUUUCUUUUCAAUAGCAAGGGAUAUAAAGCAAAGGCUUGCUGACACCGACACAAGGGCUGAGCCUACUACGUUGAAGAUCACUCCAACAGACCAGGCAGGCGGAGGUGGUCAAGCUGCCCAGAAAUCUUCUUGCUGUGGUUCUUAAAUGCAAGUGAUUUCCUAGUGGGAGCAUGAGUUACCGGUGACACUUUUGUUGAAAAAGUAAAGGGAAAGAGAAGGACGAGGACUAAUUCUGAUGACGGAAAAGGGGGGCUCGUAAUUUAUCUUAUGGCCAUUCUUUUCAAUCUUGUUUUAGCAUAUGAUAUUGCAGUUUAUCAUUAUAGAAUAUUAUUUGUGGUUCUCGUGUGGCAAUGCUUUUUUCUUCUUUGUUUUUCUCACCUUUUCUUCUCUCUUUUUUUUUGUGUGCGCUUUUCUUCCUCACAUCAGAUUUGUAGUAGCUUUGGUUAGUUUGUUAAUGAUGUAAAAGUACAAUUGCGAAUGGAUUCCAGCAUAUGCGUUCAAGAUG